AUGGAGCAUCGUGGUCAUGUUGCGUCGUUGGACGGUCAUCCGGACAGAUUGAGACACACUGCUCGUCUGUAUGGUGGCGUAUAUUAUGACCCUGCAACGGAGAAAGUCCCUAUCUCAUCUUGUCUGGGACCGAUCCAUUAUUUUCGUCAGAUUAAUGCCGAAUACGGGUAUACAGUACACCAUGGACAAGGCGCUGGAUAA